UUUAAUGUUUGAUGUGUUGCACGAGGUUUUUCAAUCAGUCGGUGUGACUCGUGCAUUUCUCAUUCUUGUUCAAAAUAAGUGCUUCCAUUCAAGUAAUUCUCUAUUAACACUGUAAAGGAUGAAGGUCAUUCUCAGCUGCGAGUCAAUUACGACACAAACCCACUUGGUCUCUUGUUGUGGCUUUUAAAAAUCCACCACUAAAGGGAUUUCAAACAGUUUAUUUUCAAAUUUGCUCGAUCAGAUAUGUACCAUGUGAAGCGUUUAUGAUAAUCAACGUCAUAUAGGCACAGUAAUCGCGUAUUCUGUUAACGUCAAAACACAACAGACUCAUCCUUUACAGAUUGAUUCUUCAUCCAAAAACGCUUGCUAAACCAGAGCAAUAAAUUUCACGAAGCGUCGAAACCUAAGCUGCCAGAAACAUGGCUGAACAACAGGAGAAACAAUUGUCGCAAGAACAACUCUCUGAGUACCGAGAUGCUUUUGAGCACUUCGACAAGGACUCGAGCGGUACGAUCACCACGAGAGAACUGGGUGCCAUAAUGAGAUCUCUUGGCGAGAACCCGACAGAGAUGGAGCUACAAAAGAUGAUCAAUAGUGUGGACUGUGACGGCAAUGGACUCAUGGACUUCAAAGAGUUCGUCAAUCUAAUGAUGACUCAAAACCAGUUCAUGAUGGAUGACAAAGACCUUAAAGAAGCAUUCAGGAUGUUUGAUCGAGAUGGGAGAGGUUACGUCAUGUCUUCAGACUUAAGGUCUGUCUUGAGACACUUGGAAGACAAUAUACCUGAACACGAGAUCAAUGAAAUAUUACAGGACCACAAGCAGAGCUGGAACAGAAAGAUCAUAUUUGACGAAUUCAAACAGAUGGCUCAGAUCGAGGCUGGAAACACUCUUGGUAUGCCACGUGAUUCUAUCUCUACCAACCCUCCCGGUCAUACGAGAUGAGAAGAACUGAGUACCAAUUUUGUCAGGCGCCUUUUUUUUACACGUUAUUACUAAUUCCAAUACUCCGUACACGUUUUAAAGAAAUUUCAACAAGGAUUAUACACCAAUAAUUGCAUGAAGAAUUAAUGAGUACAAAAAAUAUCACUCAGGUGGGUGGGGUGCGAUUGCAUGAGCUAGUACCCAAGUCCCCUAACCGUGUAUUCGCCUCUAAAUUUGUAAGGCUCCUAAUCAAUAUAUGAAUAAAAUCUUUCUAUUAUUAAUAA